ACACUCGACUUAAACCAACUCAUCACAAAGAGAAUUAAUAUAUUAGAGCUAUCUAUCUAGCUAUAUACAUUAUAGUAUAUAUAGUUCGCAUAAUUACGUGACGUUGUCACUGGCCAAAUGUCUUCUCCCAUUACCAUUUUAGCUGUUCUCGUCGCCACCGUGGCGGUGGUGGUGCUGCCGGCGGAGGGCGCCCGUGCGUUCUUCGUGUUUGGCGACUCACUGGUGGAUAACGGCAAUAACAACUAUUUGGUCACCACGGCCAGGGCGGACUCGCCGCCCUAUGGCAUUGAUUACCCUACACGCCGCCCCACUGGCCGCUUCUCCAAUGGAUACAACAUUCCGGAUCUCAUAAGUCAAGCGCUUGGUGCAGAAUCAACACUGGCCUACUUGAACCCCGAGUUGAGAGGGGAAAAACUGCUGGUUGGAGCAAACUUUGCCUCUGCAGGAAUUGGAAUUCUCAAUGAUACCGGGAUUCAGUUUGCAAACAUAAUAAGGAUCUACCAGCAGUUGGGGUUCUUCGAACAGUACCAGAGGCGGGUGAGUGGCCUAAUUGGUGAAGACGAGACUAUACAGCUUGUGAACGGGGCUCUUGUACUCAUCACUCUGGGUGGCAAUGACUUUGUCAACAAUUACUUCCUUACCCCCAUUACUAUAAGAAGGCUUCAGUUUAAUCUUCAGGACUACUCCAAGUAUCUCAUCUCUGAGUACAAGAAGAUCUUAAUGAGGCUAUAUGAUCUGGGAGCGCGAAGGGUACUAGUAACUGGAACCGGACCGCUAGGCUGUGUGCCGGCGGUGCUUGCGACGAGGAGCAGAAAUGGGGAGUGUGCGGUGGAGCCACAACGCGCGGCCGCCAUAUUCAACCCCCUUCUCGUCCAAAUGAUUGGAGCUCUGAAUCAAGAGAUCGGCUCCAAUGUUUUUGUAGCCGUUAAUGCAAUGGAAAUGCAGAACGAUUUCAUCACCAACCCUCAAGCCUUCGGUUUUAUCACAUCAAAGGUGGCGUGUUGCGGACAAGGGCCGUAUAACGGGUUAGGACUAUGCACAGUGCUGUCGAAUCUGUGCCCGAAUAGAGAUGUGUACGCGUUCUGGGAUCCAUUCCAUCCGACGGAGAGAGCCAACAGAUUCAUCGUACGAACGAUAUUAACGGGCUCGGACAAGUAUAUGUAUCCCAUGAACCUUAGCACCAUCAUGGCUCUCGAUUCCAAGACCUAAUCAUUAAUAAAAUUGCUUUCAACUUAAUUAUUUCGUGUUAAGAUAUAUAAUCGGUUUCUUAAUUAUUGAUUUUUGAAUAAUUAUAUAUAUCUAUAAUUAACGAAUUUUCUUGUCCAAAUAUCAUCGACAGCUCAGAAACUUGGCUCAGUAUUGUGAUAUAUGGGUGAAAAUGUAUUUGUAUUUGAUGUGUAAGUGUGUCUUUUGCUACUAGCUAAUUAAUUUUAAAAGUUCUGUUUAUUGAA